UCUCUCAGUCUCUCUCUUUCCAAUCUUUUAGUAUCUUGUUCUACGUAUGGCUUGGGAUGGGUCCUCCGUCUUAGUUAUCGCUAUAUUUGUCCUCACUUUAGUGAACCUCAAUCCACCGUCGGUGGUAAAUGCUAAAACCCCAUGCCAUUUCCCAGCAGUAUUCAACUUCGGUGACUCCAACUCCGACACCGGAGGCUUGUCAGCUGCAUUCGGUCAAGCUCCUCCUCCAAAUGGAAUGUCUUACUUCGGCCACCCCGUUGGCCGCUACUGCGACGGCCGCCUUGUCAUCGACUUCAUAGCUGAGAGGCUUGGUUUACCGUAUCUAAGUGCAUUUCUCGACUCCCUGGGAACCAACUUCACCCAUGGAGCUAACUUUGCCACUGCCGGUUCAACCAUUAGACCUCAAAACACUACUUUGCAUCAAAGCGGUUUCAGCCCCGUCUCCUUGAACGUUCAAUAUUACGAGUUCCAUGAUUUUCAUUCAAGGUCGCAAACGAUGCGUAAACGAGGUGGUGUUUAUGAAACCUUGUUGCCAAAAGAGGAAGACUUCUCGAGUGCCUUGUACACCUUUGAUAUUGGCCAAAACGAUCUCACUGCCGGUUACUUCUCAAACAUGACCGUAGACGAGGUUAAGGCUUAUGUGCCCGAUGUGCUUGAUCAGUUCCAGACUAUAAUCAAGUAUAUAUAUGACAUAGGAGGCAGAUACUUUUGGAUACACAAUACCGGUCCAGUCGGGUGUUUACCGUAUGUCAUGGAGCGUAUCCCUGUCCUGGCGGGUCAGAUCGAUAGAUACGGAUGUGCUUCGCCGUUCAAUGAAGUAGCCCGAUUUUUCAACCGUGGAUUGAAGAAGACGGUUGAACAAUUGCGCCAAGAUUUGCCACAUGCUGCAAUCACCUACGUAGAUAUUUACUCCGUGAAGUAUUCACUAAUUAGCCAAGGGAAAAAGCAUGGGUUCGAUCAACCUCUUAGAACAUGCUGCGGCCAUGGUGGAAAGUACAAUUACAACAAGAACUUGGGGUGUGGAGGAAAGGUUCAUAAACAUGGGAAGGAUGUGUUAGUGGCAGCUCCUUGCAAAGAUCCUUCAAGUCAUGUAAAUUGGGACGGCGUGCACUUUACGGAAGGCGCUAAUCGGUACAUAUUUAAACACAUUGUCGACGGUUCGUUUUCGGACCCUCCGAAUCCAUUAAACAUGGCCUGUCAUAGGAACUAGAGAGAAGAAUUCAACUCUUGUUAGUUGUUCCUCAAUGUGUAUGCAAGGCAAUGGAUGUGUUGGCUGAAUCUGCUGCUACAUAUAGUAUUUAUACUCAUGGAACUUA